AGUAAGGAGAAAGAUCGGGCAAAGCCGCAGAAGAAGGAGGAGGCGGAUCCCAGUGCUAUUAAAGAGAGAGAAGUUCCUCAGGUGCCGUCCUGCCUCUUCUUCCAGUAUAAUACAAACCUGGGACCUCCGUACCACAUUCUGGUCGACACAAACUUCAUCAAUUUCUCCAUCAAAGCCAAACUGGACAUCGUGCAGUCUAUGAUGGGACGGGUUCGUUCCCCGUGCCGUCUCUGUACCAUCAUUGUUUGUAUUCCGCCAGGCGUGCCGUGUAUCACAGACUGCGUCAUGGCCGAGCUGGAAAAACUGGGACAGAAGUACAGAGUGGCUCUCAGGUCAGUGAUUGAUCCAACAUUUGAGCGGCUGCCGUGCACACAUACCGGGACGUACGCCGAUGACUGCUUGGUACAGAGAGUCACCCAGCAUAAAUGUUACAUGGUGGCCACAGUAGAUCGAGACCUGAAGAGGAGGAUCAGGAAGAUUCCCGGGGUUCCCAUCAUGUACAUUUCCAAUCACAGGUAUAAUAUCGAGAGGAUGCCCGAUGACUACGGAGCGCCGCGCUUUUAGGAUUGCCGCAUUCAUAUUGGACUGGUUGUGGUUGGUCAGUUG